AUGGGUCCGCAAUAUAUCCCGGGUGAAAAAAAAGAUUUGUUUCUAAAAACGGUUGAGAAAACCGUUAUUUGGAUAGGGAAAACACAAGAAAUCGAUGAUGAGGUCCCAUGUGGAAACAUAGUUGCGUUGUUCGGUUUGGAUCAAUCCAUCAACAAAAGUGUAACGCUAACAAAUGAAAAAGAAACCGAGGCGCGUCCAAUUCGUGCCAUGAAGUUUUCUGCAGUCCAAGUUGUUCAUGUUACGGUCCAGAGUAAGGUCGAAUCCGAUCUACCCCACUUGCUUGACGGUUUGAGGCUUCUAGCCCAAUCCGAUUCUAUGGUUGUUUGGACAGGGGAAGAGUCUGGUGAACAUAUUAUUGGUGCUUUGGGUGAGUUGCAUUUGGAAACCUGUUUGAAGGAUUUGCAGGAUGAUUUCAUGGGUGGAGUGGAAAUCAACGUGUCCGGUCCGUUUGUUUCUUUCGGCGAAACAGUUUCAAACAAAUAUUCGCGUGCAGUUAUGAGUAAGUCUCCAAACGGACAUAACAAUCUCUACAUGAGAGCUACACCCAUGGACAUCAGAAUUGCUGACGCCAUAGAGGUUGGUCGAAUUGAUGCGUGUGACGAUCCGGAAGUCCAUGGAAAAAUUAUGUGUGAAGAAUUCGAUUAUGACAAAAAUCUCGUGAAGAAGAUCUGGUGUUUCGGUCCUGAAGGAACCGGGCCAAACAUGGUUGUGGAUAGGUGUAAGGGAGUUGAGUAUUUGAACGAAAUAAAGGAUUUUGUUGUUGCUGGUUUCCAGUGGGUUUCAGAGGUAGGUGCUUUAGCAGAAGAGAACAUGAGGAGUAUUUGUUUUGAAGUCUGUGAUGCGGUGGUUCAUGCUGAUGCAAACCACCGUGGUGGCGCACAGGUGAUCCCAACUGCCCGGCGUGUGAUGUACGCAUCUCAACUGAGCGCAGAACCAAGGUUGGUGGAACCAGUUUAUUGGGUGGAAAUCCAAGCAGUGCCUAAAGAGGCUAUUAGUGGGAUCGAAAGUGUGAUGAAACAGAAGCGUGGAUAUGAGAGUGAAAAGAGGUUGAGGCCGGAGACCCGGUUGUAUGACAUGAAAGCACAUCUUUCGGUGGUGGAGUCGUUUGGACUUUCUGGUGAUUUGAAGGCUUCUGCUUCAGGGCAGGUUUUCCCACAACUACAACUACAAUGUAUAUUUAGUUAUUGGGAUACGAUGGAUUCAGACCCACUGGAAGAUGGUUCAUAG